CUAGGGUUCGAUAUUAUUUAUAUAUCGGCGCACACCGCAUUUUCUCUCUCCAAGAAAAAGAAUUGAAUUAAAAGGGCAGAAAGCGAACAACACCCAAACAGCGUUCGCGAUUCGAGGCAUUGAGCCAAUCGAGAGAUUGCGAACCGCACAGCGUUUCGUAGAUCGAUCGAUCCAUUUGGUGAAUCCUUCGGAUCGGAGGCGGAUUACGCGUUUUCGAUCAACCGGCGAGUGUAUCGAUAGGUAGUUGUUGCUGGGAAGCGAGAUCAGAAGAUGUUCUUGUUGGAUUGGUUCUAUGGAGUGCUCGCAUCGCUCGGCCUGUGGCAGAAGGAGGCGAAGAUUCUGUUUUUAGGGCUUGAUAAUGCCGGCAAGACCACCCUCCUUCAUAUGCUCAAAGAUGAGAGAUUGGUUCAGCACCAGCCAACUCAGCAUCCAACUUCAGAGGAGCUGAGUAUUGGGAAAAUCAAGUUCAAGGCUUUUGAUUUGGGAGGCCAUCAGAUUGCCCGCAGAGUUUGGAAAGAUUAUUAUGCCAAGGUGGAUGCUGUGGUUUACUUGGUGGAUGCCUAUGACAAAGAGAGGUUUGCAGAGUCGAAGAAGGAGCUGGAUGCUCUCCUCUCUGACGAGUCGUUGGCCACUGUUCCAUUCCUGAUACUGGGCAACAAGAUCGAUAUCCCUUACGCUGCAUCUGAAGACGAGUUGCGUUACCACUUGGGUUUGAUGGGCAUUACUACUGGGAAGGGGAAGGUCAACCUGGCGGAAUCAAAUGUGCGUCCGAUCGAGGUGUUCAUGUGCAGCAUCGUUCGCAAGAUGGGUUACGGAGACGGCUUCAAAUGGGUCUCUCAAUACAUCAAGUAGAGUGGGCAAUACAUUAUAAACUUUUUUGGAUUCAGAUUUUAGGUUUUACUGAACAUUCAAUUGUGACUUUGUCUGUUUGAAAGCAUUGUUGGAUAAAUUUCUGCUAUUCCAAUUCUCAAUGAAGCCAUGGAAUUUUGAUUCAUUUGUUUUUCAGUGUCUGUCACCAGAUAUUGGAAUAUAUGAACAUACCAUCAUAGCUCGGACAAAAAUGUGUAUCCUUUUGGUUGUCAUCUGAUUUUUAUGAGAUUUUUAUUUCACCCC